AUGAAAUUCUCCACCUCUCUAGCACUUUUCAUGGCUAUUGCUUCCGCUUACGCCGCCCCUAUUAUUGAGCCCAAUGACAUGAAACUUGGACGCCGUGAUGACCCUGCAUAUGAUGGUUGGUACGGUGGUUACGGCCAGUACGUCGGUCCCGCGCCAGAUGAUGAAGACUAUGGAAAUAUCGCACGCCGAGCCCGCCCAGGAUGGGAUGUUACGUACGGUAUUUACGGCGUCGGUCCCGUGGCAGACGAUGAAAACUAUGGAAAUAUCGCACGUCGAGCCCGCCCAGGAUGGGAUGUUACGUACGGUAUUUACGGCGUCGGUCCCGUGGCAGACGAUGAAAACUAUGGCCAAGCCGCUGGGUCGGUGGCAGACGAUGAGGAUCACUAA